CUCUUCUAUUCCUGCUUUUGAUAUAUCGUACACUACAGAUCAUGCUCAUUGAGAUGUGGCAGAGUAAUAAUGGAGGCUCUCGUUGCCGUAGGCCUUGCGUCGAACGUGUUCCAGUUCGUCGAGUUUUCCGCCAAAUUGAUCAGCAUUUCGAACGAACUCCGAAAAAACGCAGCCUCGUCUGAAAAUAGAGACUAUCGAGUAAUUGCGACGCAUCUAGAAACCCUUUCUCAAAAGAUUAGCGAUUCAGCUAAGGCGAUCUCCCAAACUUCCACCACUGCUUCGUCGGAAGAGAAGGAUCUCCAACCAGUAGCCGACAAGUGCUGUGAACUUGCGAAGAGCCUCCUAAAACGACUCGAGACGUGUGGUAUCCAACCUGGCCAGAAUGCUAAUCGACUCCAACGCGCCAGAGGGGCUUUCAGGGCCAUCUGGAAUAAACGAGAGAUCGGAGAGAUUUCUAGCAGGUUGGAGUAUUUCAGAAGUGAAUUGAUUCUUUACUAUGCAUUCCAGACUAGGAAAACACAAGCAGAUCAACAGGGGAGGCAGCCGAGUAAGGAUGAUAUCCAGGCGGUCUUAGAUAAGCUCGAUGAUCUCGGCCCUGUAAUCGAGAGUGUGAAGCGUGGUAUCAACGACAAAUCUAGCAUUCAACACUCCGAGUUAUUGAAUUCCAUUGCCGAGGCGCGGUCCGAGAAUGCCCAACUUCACACUCGAGCAGCGCAACAGGGCCUUGUGGAUCAGACCAAGGUCCUUGACAAACUAGAUAGCCUCCACACUUCCAUGGCAACUCUGAAUGUCGGCGUCCAAAAUAUUCAGUAUCAACAGUCAAGCGCAAUUGAAUCCUCGGCGCAAGUAAAGGUUGAAAACUCGACCUUCCUUGCCGGCAUAACCCAACAGGUUCCUCUAGCUAGCGACCCUGACAGCUCUCUUCGACAUGCGUUGUGUCCUCUUUUGGAAGAGUAUAAGGAGAAGUUUCUUGUGAAAGUCGAGGAAAAGUUCCGAGCGACGGCUCGAUCUGAGUUGGACAACAUGCUCCAACAAGCGUUACCUGCGCUUGACAAAAUGCAAUAUCGCGGCGAAACAACACAACGAGAUCAUGGGGCGAUAGUGGAGGAAGUCACAUCUGAGACAGACCUAGAUGAUUUCGAAUCUCGGAAUUUCGAGAUCGUCAACGCCAAUAAACAAACUGAUAGCCAAUUCAAUAAGGACAGUCUUACGAUGAUUUAUCGAAAGCGUUGGUGGGUUGAAAAUAGACUAGGGACAUUCUCGCUGAUCAUUCUCGACCGAAUCCGCUUCGACGCGUUUGGAAUCCCAACAGAGGUGUACGAGCUUACAGUGCAGUUUAACCCAUCGCCACGCUGGCUCUCUCCUGGCUGUUCGAUUAGAUACGAGAGCAAAACUGAUGCUAGAGGAAGCCCGGAAUUCGGUCUUAGGCUAUCUUCGCAUCGCGUUAUCGAUGACAACCUCAUGGAUGAAGUCCACGGUGCCAUAGAACGGGGCGAUGUCUCUCGCAUCCGCGACAUGCUAUCGCAGAAGAUCAUUUCAACUUCAGAUAGGACCGUUGCGGGUGCUACGCUACUUCAUGUUGCCGUGUGUUAUGACCGACUAGAAAUCUGCAAGACGCUGGUGCAAAGUGGUGCCGAUAUUAAUGCGCGCAAUAGUCUCGGAAUGAGUGCCAUAGAAUGCGCAAUAAUCCCUUCUAUAUUAUGGAGUGAUCGACAAGGCACAGACGCAUUUCACUACCUCCUGGGUUUAGGAGUCGAGCUGGAAGGCUUCUGGUUAAACGAAGGCUCCCUAGUCAACUUAAUCGCGUAUCUUAUGGCAAUAUUCGGUCCAGGAAUAUCGAAAAAAGACAUCGAUCUGCAUUUGCAGGACUGGAUGUCAAUGUGUCGAUUGGUAGACUUCGACUUGAAUAUUCCCGGCCAACGUACCUUUUUAGAGUGCAUCGUGUAUCAUAAUUCUAGGUAUAAAGAUAACGAGGAGGAUCUUAUGAGGCCGUAUGAUGCGGAGGUCCAAUUUGAUGCAAUAACCCGCCUAAGAAUCGGGAGUUCUGGCCCAGCAAAUACUUCGGACAUACCUGUAGCAUAUGCUGCUGCCCGUGUAGAAGAGAUGCUUUGGGACGCCUGCGAAGAGUCACUCAUAGCCGAGGAGGCAUCGCCUGCGUUGUCGGUCUCCUAUCGAGGCUAUUAUGCUCACCCUGCUGUAACCCGAAGCUUAAAUUUCCUCGAACACGUCAUAUCGAAGGGAAUUGCUCAGCGCCCAGACUGCAUCUUCGACAUUCACGAUAAUGUCACGAUUUCGGACUUGCUCAUUUACUCCCGCUGGACAGCCAUAUGGGAAGGGAUAUUAGAGGACCACGGAUUUGACGUCAAGUGGGUAUAUGCAGAAGACAAGAAACGGCGACGAGUGGUCACAGGUGAAACUACAACCCACGAAGUCAGCGUCGGCGCCGAUGCCUCCAAAGCCUUGGAGGUGAAAAGACGACGAGGUUACGAGAAUUCCGACGACUAAGGUGAUUAUGAGAGGAGAUAUCUAGGUCUUGAUUUCAUUACAUCAAUCUCGUUUUAGAGGGCAA